UUGUUCGACCAAACGUGUGGCACGCAUCCUCCGACAGAAGCAUCGCCCUCCGCGUGUUGUUCCGCUUCUCCACUCCCCAGUCCCCACCUAUGUCCAGCGACGAAAUUGAAGCGACGACCACGAGAUCUACGGAUUUCUCCACUCUAGGAGUCCAUAGGGAAUCGAGGAUGGAGACGAAGAGGAGAAGGCAGCAAGGGGAGGAGGGGUCAAGGCGGGGGUCCGUCGCCAGCGACGGCGCCAUCUCUCUAGAGGCGCUGGACUGCACCGUCUGCUAUCACCCGCUCAGGCCUCCCGUCUUCCAGUGCGCGGUUGGGCACGUGAUCUGUUCGUCUUGCCAUGACAAGCUCCUGAACAAGAACAAGUGCCACGCGUGCGCCACCACCGGCGGCUAUAACCGCUGCAUUGCGUUCGACCACAUCCUCGAGUCUGUCCGUGUCCCUUGCUCCAACUCGUUCUACGGAUGCACUGCCAAGACUUGUUACCACGAGCGAGACGAUCACGCGAAGUCGUGCCUGCACGCGCCUUGCUUUUGCCCUGAAGAUUGGUGUGGCUUUGCUGGCACAACCACCGCACUUCUACGGCAUCUCACCGCCGAGCACCGGUUGACAGCUACAGAGUUUGCGUUUGGACAUCGUUUCACCCUUCAGGUGCAGGAAGGAAUGCAGGUUCUCCACAAGAAAAAAGGCAGCCCCCUGUUCCUGGUAAAAUUCAUGCCUGUGCCUCCUUUCGGCAAAGCCGCCUCCGUCCUGUGUGUUGAUCCUCAUGCCGUGGUGGGGGAGUGCAAGUUCAGAUGCCAGGUUGAUUUCCACUGCCGCACCAUGGGUUGGCGACAGAAUUCGGAUUUCCAAAUCAGAAGCACCACUCUCUCUGGUGGGUUGCCAACAGAAGAUGGCAGCUACUCCUUUGUCAUGCCAAAUGUUUCUUCUAACCUGCCCACUGACAGCAGCGUCGUCAUGUGUGUCACAAAGAUAACUGAUGAUGACAGCGCUUGGAGUGACUGGUGAUGGAGAUUGAGAUCGUAGUAUCUUCGGGACCUAGAGGUUCUCUUCUAUCAUCUAAAAUUGGUCAUCGGAACCAGAUUCCAUCUUUGGUGAAAAUAUUUGAGAUCUAGAGGUUCUCUUCUGUCAUCUAAAAUUGGUCAUCGUAAAUUUCUUGACCAAAGUUUGUAGUUCAUCUUCGGGAUCUAGAGGUUCUCAGGCAAGUCUGCUUCUGAACUCCAUAAUGCGUUUCCUCUGUUGUUUGCUGUUUAUGGACGAGCAGUCCGUUGAGUGACUGCUAAACUCUUGAACAAGCUCCUGAACAAGGACAUGACGCGUUCUACUAAUGACUUGUUAAAAGUUUCGUCUUCAGACUUAUGGCUGCAACUGAAUGUUGAAGUUUGUAGUGCAUCUUUGGGUUCAUCUAAAAUUGCUCACCGGAAUCAGAUUCAACCGACUCAGUUUUAGUCAUAAUAUUUAAUUGUAUGUGUACUCUGGCUAGUCUGCUUCUGAACUCUGUAAUGCGCUUGUCCUGAUGUCCGCUGUUUAAGAACGAACAGCCGGUCGAGUGGCUUGCUAAACUUGAAUUGGAUGCUUGUAAUAUAGUGGUGAUGUUCCCAUUGCAAACUGUUGAAGUGAUCCGGGUAUAAUGUUCCUUCGAUUAA